AUGAGUGCUGCUGCUGCUGCUGCUGCUGCUGGCUCGCGCCGCCUGCUGCGGCUCCCGCUGCUGCUGCUGCUGGGCCUUUGCUGCUGCUUCUGGGGCCUCCUGGGGGCCCCCUUUGCUGCGGGGGGCCCCCGCUAUGGGUACGGCUGGGGCCGCCGCCGCUACUGGGGCGGCUACAGCCCCUACUACUACCCCUACUAUGGCCUGGGGGGGGCCUACGGGGGAGGGUACUACGGGGGCCCCCUCACCUUUUACCCUUACGGAGGGUACGGAGGGUACUACUACGGGGGCCCCAGUCAGCAGCAGCAGCAGAAGUGCCCGCGCAGGACGCCUCCAGCAGCUGAGCAGCAGCGGCAGCAACUGCGAAGCACGCAGAGGCCGCCCGCGGCAGCCUCAGCAGCAGCAGCAGCAGCAGCAGCAGCAGCAGCAGCAGCAGCAGCUAAUGCGGCAGCGUCUAAGCAAGCAGCAACAGCAGCAGCAACUGAUGUGGCAGCGUCUCAAAAAGCAACAGCUGCAGCAGCAACUAAUUUGGCAGCGUCUGAUAAGCAGCUGAAGCAGCAGAAGCAGCAGCAACGAGUGUGGCAGCGUCUGCAGGAGCAGCAGCAGCAGCAGCAGCAGCUGCGGCAGCAGUAUCAGCAGCAGCAGCAGCAGCAGCAGCAGCAGCAGAUCUGGAGCUGCUGCUUGAAUGCCUUCACUCGCGCCGUUGGAAAUAAAUUUUUUUAA